GCGCGCGCGGCGUGGAUCGCUGCCGGAGCCGCCAUUGUUCCGCCGAGGGACGACAGUGGGGCCUGGCCCUGGCGCCGAGACGCCGCUUAGCGGCCGCCACUGGAGACACUCCCUCCCGUCGCCCCCCUCCUCCUGGCGGCGGCGGAGUGAGGCUGACUAGGGGGAACUGGGAGCCCCCUCUCCUGGCGGCGGCAGCUGCCGAUCCCCGGCUCCGGCGCGAGGGGCGGCCGCGAUGCGCUCGGCUUGAGGCAGUCCGGCUCGUCCCUUCCUCGCCUCCCUUGACUCUUCUACGGCGUCUGUGCGCCCCAGCGUCACCCUGAGAGUCUCUUUGACGGAGGGAAGAUGGCUGCACAGAGCUGGCAGGACGACCUGGCCCAGCAGGCCGAGGAGGGCUCGGCUCGGCUGCGGGAAAUGCUGUCGGUUGGCCUAGGCUUUCUGCGCACCGAGCUGGGCCUCGACCUGGGGCUGGAGCCGAAGCGGUACCCGGGCUGGGUGAUCCUGGUGGGCACCGGCGCGCUGGGACUGCUGCUGCUCCUCCUGCUCUGCUACGGCUGGGCCGCGGCUUGUGCCGGCGCCCGAAAAAAGCGGAGGAGCCCGCCCCGCAAGCGGGAGGAGGCGGCGGCCCUGCCGGCCCCGGCCACCGACGAUGUAGCCCUGUUGAAGAAUCUCAGGAGCGAGGAGCAGAAGAAGAAGAACCGGAAGAAAUUGCCCGAGAAGCCCAAACCGAAUGGACGGACGGUUGAAGUGGCUGACGAGGAAGUUGUCCGAACUCCUCGAAGUAUAACAGCAAAGCAGCCCUUAGAGACAGAUAAAAAAAAUGAAAAGUCAAAGAAAAAUAAGAAGAAAUCAAAGUCAGAUGCUAAAGCAGUGCAAAACAGUUCACGCCAUGAUGGAAAGGAAGUUGAUGAAGGAGCCUGGGAAACUAAAAUUAGUCACAGAGAGAAACGACAGCAGCGUAAACGUGAUAAGGUGCAGACUGAUUCUGGUUCAUUGGAUUCAACUAUCCCUGGGAUAGAAAAUACCAUCACAGUUACCACCGAGCAACUUACAACCGCAUCAUUUCCUGUUGGUUCCAAGAAGAAUAAAGGUGAUUCUCAUCUAAAUGUUCAAGUUAGCAACUUUAAGUCUGGAAAAGGAGAUUCUACACUUCAGGUUUCUUCAGGAAUGAACGAAAACCUCACUGUAAAUGGAGGAGGCUGGAAUGAGAAGUCUGUAAAACUCUCCUCACAGAUCAGUGCAGGUGAGGAGAAGUGGAACUCUGUUUCACCUGCUUCUGCAGGCAAGAGGAAAAAUGAGCCAUCUGCUUGGGGUCAAGACACUGGAGAUGCUAAUGCAAAUGGAAAAGACUGGGGAAGGAGUUGGAGUGACCGUUCAAUAUUUUCUGGCAUUGCUGCUUGGUCUAGUGUGGAUAGGGGAAUGAAUACCUCUGAACAGAAUUCUGCUUCUUUUGCAUCUCUCACACUUAACUCUGCUGUUUCUGGGUCUACUGCUGAGCCAGUUUCUCAUUCUACCACUUCUGAUUAUCAGUGGGAUGCUAGCCGUAAUCAACCCUAUAUCGAUGAUGAAUGGUCUGGGUUAAAUGGUCUGUCUUCUGCUGAUCCCAGCUCUGAUUGGAAUGCUCCAGCAGAAGAGUGGGGAAAUUGGGUAGAUGAAGAAAGAGCUUCACUUCUAAAGUCCCAGGAACCAAUUCCUGAUGAUCAAAAAGUUUCAGAUGAUGACAAGGAAAAGGGAGAGGGAGCUCUUCCAACUGGGAAAUCUAAAAAGAAAAAAAAGAAAAAGAAGAAGCAAGGUGACGAGAACUCUCCUACACAGGACACGGAAGAAUUAGAAAAAGAGAUUAGAGAAGAGCUUCCAGUGAAUACCUCUAAAGUCCGUCCAAAACAGGAAAAAGCUUUUUCUUUGAAGACCAUAAGCACUAGUGAUCCAGCUGAAGCACUCAUCAAAAAUAGCCAGCCUAUCAAGACUCUUCCACCUGCUGUUUCUACCGAGCCAUCUGUUAUUUUAUCAAAAAGUGAUUCUGACAAAAGCUCUUCCCAAGUGCCACCGAUGCUACAAGAAACAGAUAAAUCCAAGUCAAAUACUAAGCAAAAUAGUGUGCCUCCUUCACAGACCAAGUCUGAAACUAGCUGGGAAUCUCCCAAACAAAUAAAAAAGAAGAAAAAAGCCAGGCGGGAAACGUGAAUAUAUUUUUCCUGCAUUGGACAUGUGUUUGUAAACACUGUCUGGAAGAUUAUGCUGUUUAUGCAAUAAUUUGUGAACAUGUACAGAGUUUUAUAUAAAUUUAAACCAAUUUUUAAAACAAAACUGUGAAAACAACCACCAUAAAAAUGGAAUCAAAGGAAAGUUAAUUUAUGAAAUUAAGAGGUCAGCAGAAUAUACUACAGUGCUGGAAGACACUUGGGGAAAGUCUUUUCAAUUGAACAAGAACGAUCUUAAUUUAAGAAUAUUACCCUGGUUUUACAGCAGUGCCCUGUUUACAACAGAUUGUGCCCUGUCUCAUCUGCAGCUGAGGAAUAAAGGAUUCUGAUUAGAAAGAGGGUUGCCUACAAAUUGGUAGGCAGCCUCUUGGAUCUUAUGCACGGAACUUAAAACCAUUUGAAUCUGUUUUAUGCUUAAAUCAAAGUGCUUUGAUCAAAUGCAUAAUCUGCCAUAUCUUUACAUAUAUGUUGGUAGCAAUUUGUAUUAAAGGAAUCACAAGUGCAAAUAAAAGGUCAUUUAUCAUUUGUUAACUAAACUCAUGGUUUAGUUUACAAUUUUUAAAAAGUUCUUAAUUAAAACAUUGAACAUGCAGUUGAUGCUUGUAUGGCUUAUGAAGUUAUUUUUGAUAGUCUUACAUUAUUACUUGAAUUGUUCAAAGUUCAGUAUAUUUUAAAUUAAGAAAGGUAAACUAUAUGUAUUUGUUUUAUACUUUUAAGGCUCAGACUCACAAAUAAUGCUCUUGUUUAGGAUUUGAAAACUUCUAGGCAAAGUCCGACUUAACGUUUUCCCCUUUCCUUAGCAGUUACUUUUUCCCAACGUCAGCUCUUCUUCAUUGCUAAUCCAUUUCCGACGUUAGAAGUGAAAUCUUUCACGAAUUAGUUAUGCAGACAGAACUUUGAGUAUAUGAUGGAGAAUGAAAAACUAGAGUCAGACAGCUUUAAUUGACAUUGUCAAGACCUCCAGUUAUCAGGAAUACAUUUUUUUACUGCCUUAACCUAUAGUGCGUAGAAUAUGCAUCAAUUUCUUGAGGGAGAUUCGUGUUUUUAUAAGAAUUUUCAUGUAAUUAUUGCAAUUGUGGUCAAACAAGGAACGUUUUCUGCUUGAAACUAUUGAUUUAAAUGAUGUGUGAGAUGCUUCACCAUUUUCAGGCACUGUGUAAUUCUCUUGUAAUAAACUGGCAGGCAUCUUUGUACCUAUAAAUAGUGCAUGCUCAGCCAUGUACACUGUAAAUAGCCUUUACCAAACGUGUUUGACAAGGACCAUAAUUAACAUCACUUAGUGAGUUGUGAUAAAGAAAAAAAAGCCAUGAUUUAUUUGAUGUGAUUGGCUCGUUUUUAUGUGGUGCCAAGAACGAAACUGUUUAACAGCGUAACCAAUGGUACCGAUCUGUCCAUCCAAUCUUGUCUUUAUUAUAUCUGAUUGUGCUUUGAUAGUAUUGCAUUGUCAUACUGGGAAAGCUAAAGAAACAAAAUGGUUUUAGUUUUGCUGAAGACUGGCCUUAUUAAUGGACAGCUUUCCUAACAAGCGGUUAUUAACUUUUAUCAGGUGUUAACAUCUGUUUCAGGAACAUGGCAGUAUGUUUACAUGUCAGAAGUUUUGUUUAAUUCUAUGAUAUUUCUAAAUUGAUUUGUUUAAAUAAAUUCAGCAAAUGGA